ACGUGAACAACUGCCGUGAUCCGAUCCGUUCGAAUUCAAAUCAGCCAAUAAAAUUCAGCCAUCAUGAAUCACGCCGAUCCUCCCUCUCUCCUCCCCUGUUUAAAUACACAAAAACCAUCUCCUAUGACAGAGACAGUUACUGUUACCCUUGCAAUCCAGAGCUUUCUCGAAAUCGAAAAAUGUCAGGAAAAGUUGCGAAAGCCGCGGCGGAGAGGAAGCCCCGGCCGGCGAAGGAUGGAGAAGCCAAUUCCAAAACCAUCAAAACAGCUGCUUCCCACCCGCCCUACUUUGAGAUGAUAAAGGAAGCGCUGGCGGCAUUAAAGGAGAAGAGCGGGUCGAGUCCGUACGCAAUUGCAAAAUGCAUGGAACAGAAAUACGGCGCCGUUUUGCCGCCCAAUUUCCGGAAGUUUCUGAACCUCCAACUGAAGAAUUGUGUUGGUAAGGGGAAACUUAUUAAAAUCAAGGCUUCAUACAAAUUAUCAGAGGAGGCUGCAGGCAAAAAGGAGGACAAGGCGGCGAAGAAAGUGGGGAAGAAAAGAAAGACGACUCCGGCGAAGGCGAAGCAGCCGAAGAGCAUAAAGUCGCCGAAUGCUAAGAAGGCAGGUAAGAAAAUUAAACUAGUGUGUGACUAUUAAUUUGGGUGUUCAUAAUUAUGGUGUGUUGUGUCGUGUAAUUAUCUGCUACUGUAAUUAGGGUUUCUGUGUAUGUGUAUAUAUAUGGAUAUGAUGAUGCUUCUUGAGUGCAGUCGAGACAAUAGUGACAAUUAUAUAUAGUAAUAGUAAUAGUAAUGUUAUGAUAGAUUGGUAGACAGAUAUGUGGGUUCUCUUUUUCUUCUCUGUCGAUCGAUACUAGUUUGUUUGAGCUCGUGUAUACGUAUACUUGUCUCUUUUCGUAGAAAUGGUGUGCAAGUAGUUAGUUAAAUAGUAAUCCCUCCGUUCCAGACACUUU